UGGGUGAAGGGGGUGUGCCCUUGCGAACGAGAGAAAAAGGGCCAACUACACAUAUGAGUCUGUACAGAACGGUUCUAGUUUCUUGUACCUGAUAAUAUUUGUUUUCCUUCACUCCAACCUUAUUUCUAAAGAAAAAAUAUGCAGCAUCGCUUUCCUUUCUGCAAUCAAGAGCACAACUGUGUGACGAAGGGAUUGAUUGCACCAUCCUCAGUACACCAGCACCACUCCACCCCUGUCCCUCCCUACAGGCACAACCAGUCCCCCUUACCACCGAGUGCAUUCAAGCUCAAACAAGCUGAACUGGGACGACUUAUUGUGUGUUCAAGCCUCUGGCGUACACCAAAAGGUAUUCACGGGUAUAUCGACACAUAACUGGGUGGAAAAGCUGUUUGCACUGAUGACGUGAACAGCUCAAGUUUAUCUGAGUCAGAACAUGGCGUCUGCUGGCGAACGUGUGACGUACGUGUACACCUUCCCUUAGGGACAUGCACCAGUGUUGUUGCGUCAGAAUAACUGCUUCGUAUAUAAAGUAGUCCCUGUCGUUCGAGGACAUGGUAUAGGAGGACUGGUGUCGAGUUUAAGCUGACUUCUGUAACUUCAAAGUCCACGCAGGUAAGAUCUCGACAAUUCAGUCGACAUCACACGUUUGGUGCGCAGGUACUGCGACUUCUACUUGGAAAGCAGAGUGAACAUGGAGACGGGAACUGUAGCUGCUGAUGGGCGGGGUGCUGGCGUUGUCAACACUGUGGUGGUGGCUGACAAGACGAUCUGCUGGGCUGCCCCCAGGACCUGGACCUGCCCUCCCGCUGAUCGGUCACCUCCACUUGCUGAGCAAAGACCCUCGGCAGCAGUUUGCAUCAUGGCGGCGACAGUACGGGGACGUGUUCAGUCUGUACCUGGGCAGCCAGCUGGUGGUGGUGCUCAACGGCUACAACGUCAUCAAGGAUGCGCUGGUCAAACACGCCGACGUCUUCUCCGACAGACCUCACAUCUAUUUCACAGAUUAUAUUGCAAAAAACAAAGGUGUUGCCGCCUCGUCGGGCGCCCACUGGAAGGAGCAGCGGAAGGUGUCGCUGGAGAUUCUGCGCGAGAUGGGGCUGGGCAGGAACGUGCUGGCCGAGAAGAUCCAGGAGGAGGUCAGAGAGUAUGUCAAGGCCGUCGCCGCUCAUCAGGGAAAUCCCUUCGAUCCGAAGGACAUGACACACGUCAGCGUGUCCAACAACAUCUGCUCCGUCGUCUUCGGGACACGGUAUGAGUACGACGACCAGACUUUCAUCAAUUACAUAUCCACUCUUGACGACAACUUCAAACUUAUAAACAAGGCAACAGCCUUGGACUUUGUGCCCUUGCUAAAGUACUUACCUGGGGACAUGUUCAACACAAAAGUUAUAAUGAAAAACACAAAUUAUUUACAAGACACGUUUUUGAAGCCACAUCUGAAAAGCCACUCGAAGAACUUCAGCAGAGGAACUGAUCAAGUCAGCGACUUCACUGAAGGCUACUUGCGGGAAAUGGACAAGGUCAACGGCAAGUCGACCACACUGGACGGAAAACCUCAUGAUGGUCAUGGGCGACCUGUUCGUGGCGGGACCGAGACCACAGCCACUACCAUUCGCUGGGCUCUCGUCUACUUCCUGCACUACCCGGAAGUACAGGAAAAGUGCUUCCAGGAGAUCCAGCUAGUCGUAGGCGCUGGACGAGCCCCGACCAUCCGCGACAGACCGGAACUGACGUACGUGGAGGCCACCAUCAUGGAGGUCUUGAGGCUCGCCGACAUUGCGCCGUUUAGCGUCCAGCAUGGACUAGAGCAGGAUGUCAAGUUCAUGGACUACAAGCUGCCCAAGGGAACAGUAAUCAUCCCCUGUCUAGAAUCGGUCCUUCAUGACCCAGAAAUCUGGGAUGAGCCACUUGCCUUUCGACCCGAGAGAUUUCUCGAUGCCAGCGGUAAACUUAUCAAGCCGGAAGAGUUCAUUCCUUUUAGUAUGGGACGACGAGUGUGUCUGGGUGAGGCCAUGGCUCGGACGGAACUCUUCCUGUACCUCACCGCCAUGAUUCAACGCUUCCGCUUCCUGCCACCGGAAACUGGAGAGCUUCCAUCUUUGAAAGGAAUUUUUGGAUUAACUAUCAGUCCCGACUCCUACAAAGUUCGUGCGGUGUUAAGAGACUAGCUUGCAUGAAGGUGCAGAGGAGAAAACAUAGCCAUGUUGCUGACAUGUCAAAAUAAAUAUUAGGAAAAAAAAAUGGCAACAUGAAGUGUCAACGGUGUGUGUGGUACUGCAGAUGCGCACAGGAUUAUUCUUGAUGCAAGUUUCUUGGUUUUUUUUAUAGUAUAUAUAUAUAUAUUUUUUACCUUCCUUUCACUUUUAUAUUUACCUUUACUGUAACUAGAGCACAUUCCCAUGUUUAAA